AAGAAAAAUACAUUUUUUUUUUCAUUAACAAGAUACGCACAUUCUUUCAAAGAAAAUAAAAUUAAAAUAGUACCUCAUUUAAAAAUAAAGUUAUCUUAACCAACUAUGGCAUGCGGUGUGGUCGAUUUGUCUUGAAGGAAUGAGGUUUUGAGUUGAUAAGGUUAUAUAAAAAAGUAAUUAUUUAUAAGUUCUUAAAAUGAAUUUACUACCUAAAAGUCAUAAAGAGUUCAGUAACAAAGACUACUGGAAUAAGUUUUUCAAAAAACGAGGAAACAAAGCUUUCGAAUGGUAUGGAGAAUAUUUAGAGCUGUGUUCACACCUACAUAAGUAUAUAAAACCGAAAGAUGCAAUAUUGAUCCCCGGAUGCGGUAACUCCAGUCUAAGUGCUGAUCUUUACGAUGUUGGUUAUCAUAACAUCAUAAAUAUAGAUGUUUCAGAAGUUGUUAUAAGACAAAUGAAAUCUAUCAACGCCAACAGAAAAAACAUGCAAUUUCUGUGCUUAGAUGCAACAAACACUUCUUUUGAGGAUGAACAGUUCAGUGUAGUAUUAGAUAAAGGCACCCUGGAUGCUCUUAUGCCAGAUGACACUGAAGAGACAACCACUAUAAUAGACAAAUAUUUUUCUGAAAUUAAAAGAGUCUUGAAGUUUGGUGGUCGUUUUGUGUGUAUAUCAUUACUUCAGAGUCAUAUACUGCAUAAGUUGUUGGAGACAUUUUGUGAUAAAUCUUGGAUGUUCCGUGUUGUGAGAUGCCAUGAGGCUGAACAAAAAAAUGCUGAUAAUGGUGAUGGUACAACACUACCGGUGUUUGUUGUUGUCGCAACAAAAUUCAAAGUUAUGCCUCAAUUAAUUCUAGAAGUGUGUUUGGCAGGUGAAAAGAUGGUACGAAUGUCUACUACACAAGAGCUUGCUGGUUACAUCAAAUCUGCACAAGACACAGCUUUUGUCACCAAUGGUCUUGCUAAAACAAAUCUACAUGAAGAUAAUGAGGUAACUCUGGAUCUAAUACAACCUGGAGAAGAAAAUCCUCGUUAUACACUAUUUAUAGUGGAUCAGAAGCAAAAGCAGGCUGUCAAUAAAUAUGCCGUUUUCAUUGUGCCACAAGGAAGGGAGUCUGAGUGGUUAUUCGGCACGGCGGCAGGUAGACGUCAGCUCCAAGACUCGGCGCAGUUUGGACGGCUGGUGGUUGCCGUGUUACGGAGGGGACACACCUUUGGUACACUAGACGAAGUGAAGGAAGAACUGGCACACGCCGCCAAGAUGCUCAUACCUCACGGUUUCACAGGCAUGAUUCCGUUCCUGUCGCUGGGCGGGGACGCCGGGCAGCGGGUGCAGGUGGCGGCGGGCGCGUCCGCGGCGUCGGGCGCGUACGCGGUGGAGGAGGUGCGGGUGGAGGGGCGCGCGCUGCGGCGGCUCGUGUUCCUCGACAACCAGUUCCUGGUGCAGUCCGAGGCCGCGCUCAAGGAAGUGAAAAAGAAGAAUAAAACUAAAUUAGUCAUAGACUUUGGUCACAUGUCAUUGUACCACUCGUUCAUAUGCGCCGGAGUGCAAUUGUCUAAGCGCGAGCGAACCCACGUGGCGGUGCUAGGCUUGGGCGGCGGCGGACUAUGCAUGUUCCUCAGGAAAUGUUACGACGAUCUGAAGAUAACCGCGGUGGACAUCGACCCUGAGAUGCUUAAUGUUGCUAAAGAGCACUUCGAGCUGAAGACCGAUGAAUGUUUAGAAGUCCAGAUCAAGGAUGGCUUAGAUUUCUUGAAGGAUGAAGUCGCUGCAGGUCGGAAGUACGACGCGUUGAUAUUCGACAUGGACAGCAAGGACAGGAGUCUGGGACUGUCGUGUCCACCGCCACAGUUCCUGCGAGACGACGCGAUAAUAUGCGCACGAGACGUACUUACAGAACGAGGUCACUUCAUCUUGAACUUGGUAUGCCGCGACACAGAACUUCACGAUACCAUAAUAGAAACAUUAAAAACACACUUCGCCCACAUAGUGUCAAUGAAACUGUACGAAGACGUAAACGAAAUCAUAUUCGCCACAAACGGUGAGACAAAGUACAGCAGUGAGCGUCUGGAAGAAGCCGCUAAGAGCCUUAACACCGCCGCCAGGAGUAAACGUUUGGUUAAUGUGAGGUGCGUGGACUUGAAAGAUCUGGUGCAAUCGGCUAAUAUCAUUUCAUAGCGUUGAAUAAAUAAAGGCUUUAAGUUUAAAAGCUCUUCUUUUGUUUUCGAGAAAUAAAAUUGCCAAAUGUGUGUGCCUCACAGAUGAAUUCAUAGACCGGAGUAAGAAAAGAAGUA